AUGGAACCUAACGAAAGCCACCACCACCAACAACAACAACAGCAGCAGCAGCAACGUCUCAGUUCUCCUUACUACCACCACCACCACCACCUGCAACACCACCACCCAACCCCUGCUUCCACCGGAAACGCCGUUCCAUCUUCCAACAAUGGGCUUUUCCCGCCGCAACAGCUGCCGCAGCCGCAGCCUAACGAUGGGUCCUCAUCCCUCGCGGUGUACCCUCACUCAGUUCCGUCUUCGGCGGUUACGGCGCCGGUAGAGCCUUUAAAGAGGAAGAGAGGUCGUCCGAGAAAGUAUGUGACUCCGGAGCAAGCCCUAGCAGCUAAGAAAAUGGCGUCUUCUGCGAGCAGUUCGUCAGCUAAGGAGAGGAGAGAGCAAGCGGCUGCAGCCGGAGGUACGCCGUUGUCUAAUUCCGGGUCAUCGAAGAAAUCUCAGCUUGCUUCUGUCGGGAAAACUGGGCAGAGCUUUACUCCACAUAUCGUUAAUAUAGCACCUGGUGAGGAUGUGGCUGAGAAAAUUGUGAUGUUUGCAAACCAAGGCAAGCAUGAACUGUGCGUUCUUUCUGCAUCAGGCACCAUCUCUAAUGCAUCCUUGCGCCAGCCAGCUACUUCAGGAGGCAACAUAUCCUAUGAGGGUCAAUACGACAUAGUCUCACUAGCCGGAUCAUUUAUCCGGGCCGAACAAGGUGGUAAAACCGGUGGUCUCACCGUCUCUUUAUCUAGCUCCGAUGGUCAGAUCAUGGGAGGAGCGGUCGGUACACACCUCAUAGCUGCUGGUCCUGUUCAGGUGAUUCUUGGUACGUUUCAGCUUGAUAGAAAGAAGGACAACGCAGGGAGUGGUGUGAAAGGGGAUGCGUCUAACAGCGGAAGUCGGUUAACUUCUCCGGCUCCUAGCAGUGGACCGUUGCUUGGCAUGGGUUUCCGUCCUGGUAUGGAAUCUUCCGGGAGAAAUCCAAUGAGGGCAAACGAUGAGCAUCAACAGCAGCAGCAGCAACAGCAUCAACAUCAUCAUCAAGCCGGUUUGGGUGGACCUCAUCAUUUCAUGAUGCAAGCACCGCAGGGAAUGCACAUGGCACAUUCCCGGCCAUCUGAAUGGGGCGGCGGCGGAGGUAACAGCGGGCAUGACGGUAGAGGCGGUGGUGCUUAUGACUUGUCAGGAAGGAUAGGACGUGAUUCAUCGGAGAAUGGAGAUUACGAGCAGCAAAUGCCGGAUUAG